UUGGAUGCCGGGAACGCGUUUGAAAAGCAAUUGCAGAAACUACCAGUAAGGACCAAGGAACUUAAAAGAACUGAGAACAGGAUGCUGCCCAUCACAGACCACCUGCUGCACUUCCUGGGCCUGGAAAAGACAGCGUUCCGCGCCUACGCAGUGUCCGCCCUCCUCCUCUCUCUGCUCUUCUCCUUCUUCCGCUUGAUGCUGCGGUUCCUUCGAAUCUGCUGGGCCUUCCACAACACCUGCCGCCGCCUGCACUGCUUCCCUCAGCCACCGAGGAACAACUGGCUGAUGGGUCACUUGGGCAUGUAUCUUCCAAAUGAGAAGGGCCUUCAAGACGAGAAGAAGCUGCUGGAUAAAAUGCAUGAUGUGGUCCUGGUGUGGGCCGGGCCUGUUCUGCCACUAUUGGUUCUGGUACACCCUGACUACAUCAAGCCUGUGCUGAGUGCCUCAGCUGCCAUUGCCCCCAAGGAUGACUUUUUCUACAGCUUCCUGAAGCCUUGGCUGGGGGAUGGGCUUCUGCUCAGCAAAGGGGACAAGUGGAGCCGGCACCGCCGUCUGCUGACGCCAGCCUUCCACUUUGACAUUCUGAAGCCGUACAUGAAGAUCUUCAACCAGUGCACCAACAUCAUGCAUGUGAGUGCCAGGGCCGGGCCAUGGGAGGAGGGCAUCCUGGGUGUGACGGUCUGGCGGUCUGGCUCUGACAAAGGCCUCCCUGAAGUCUGCAGACCCACACCCAUUCACUGCCUGUCCUGUCCUCUCUUCCAGGCGAAAUGGCGGCGGCACCUGGGGGAGAACUCGGUGGCCUCCUUUGACAUGUUUGAGCACAUCAGCCUCAUGACCCUGGACAGUCUUCAGAAAUGUGUGUUCAGUUUCAACAGCAACUGCCAGGAGAAGAUGAGUGAUUACAUAUCGGCCAUCAUUGAGCUGAGCGCCCUGGUCGUCCGGCGCCAGUAUCGACUACAUCACUACCUGAAUUUCAUCUACUACCUCUCCGCCGAUGGGCGGCGCUUCCGCCGGGCCUGUGAUAUCGUGCACCAUUUCACCACCGAAGUCAUCCAGGAAAGGCGGAAGGCGCUGUGCCAGCAGGGGGCAGAGAUGUGGCUGAAGACCAAGCAGGGCAAGGCCUUGGACUUCAUUGAUGUGCUACUCCUGGCCAGGGAUGAAGAUGGAAAGGAACUGUCUGAUGAGGACAUCCGAGCAGAGGCGGACACCUUCAUGUUCGAGGGUCAUGACACAACAUCCAGCGGGCUCUCCUGGGUGCUGUUCAACUUGGCGAAGUAUCCGGAAUACCAGGAGAAGUGCCGGGAAGAGAUCCAGGAAGUCAUGAAAGGCCGGGAGCUGGAAGAACUGGAGUGGGACGACUUGACCCAGCUGCCCUUCACCACUAUGUGCAUCAAGGAGAGUCUGCGCCAGUUCCCGCCAGUCACCCUGGUCUCUCGCCGCUGCACAGAGGACAUCAAGCUCCCGGACGGGCGCAUCAUCCCUAAAGGAAUUAUCUGCUUGGUCAGCAUCUAUGGGACCCAUCACAACCCCACAGUGUGGCCGGACUCCAAGGUGUACAACCCUUACCGCUUUGACCCAGACAACCCACACCAGCGCUCCCCGCUGGCCUACGUGCCUUUCUCCGCAGGACCCAGGAACUGCAUCGGACAGAGCUUCGCCAUGGCGGAGAUGCGUGUGGCCGUGGCGCUCACACUGCUGCGCUUCCGCCUGAGCGUGGACCGAACGCGCAAGGUGCGAAGGAAACCGGAGCUCAUCCUGCGCACGGAGAAUGGCAUCUGGCUCAACGUGGAGCCGCUGCCUCCGCUGGGGCCCGAAGCCCCGCCCAGGGAGACCCAGGCCCCGCCCCUGAGGGCCCAGGCCCCGCCCCCCAAGUACUGAGUGCAUAGAUCAAGCCCCUACAAGUCCAGGCUGUCGCUAGAGGAUAAGGCGGCCUCGCUGAGCAGCCUGUUGGUGCUGGCCACGCCCCUCAAGGCGAGGCUCCGCCUCCUGAGUCCCGCACCUGCCCCCCAGCCGGAGGAACCAGGUUCGGCCCCGCCUCCUCGGCCUCACAGGCUACCCCUGGAUUCCGUGGAUUGACGUCUUCAGGCCAAGCCCCCGCGGAGCCAGCUUUCUAGGCUCCUCCCACCGAGCCUGUGGAAGGCCUAAGACUCCCUCUUGGACUUCAGCCCCGCCCCUCCCUGCUGGCUGACCCUAGCCUGGCUUCUAAAUGGAAGACUUGGAAGCUGAGGGCUGAGUCAGAGUCGUGCACCUGGACAUCACCUUUCUCAGGUCUCCCCCUCACCCGGACAGACUGUUCAGGCAUCAUCCCAGGACUCCGGCUGUGUGCUUUUGUGGUGGUUUUGUAAACCCAGAGCUUCCAAGCCUCUUCCUAGCUUCCCUGUUGUCAGACCCUCUGCUUAAGUGUUCUGAUUUUUGAAGACUAAAAGCAUGGGGGUUCAGGGCCGGGGAUUUAGCUCAGUGGUUCCGCCGCCUGCCUCGCAAGUGCAAGGUCCCGAGUUCGAUUCCCAAUACCAAAAAAAAAGCACGGGGGUUAUACCAAAAAAAAGUACAGGGGGUUUGGAUGCCUCCUGUCUCCCUCCCCGUAGUCCAGACCCGCCGGUCUGGGAGUUGGGAGGCUGCGUGCCAGGAAGCCAGGAAGCCGUUUGUCUCUGGACAUAAACUCAGAUGUUUCGGGAAAGUUUGUGCUUUCCUUUAUUUUGUCAAUAUAUCGUUAUUCAUUAAAUGACUA